AUGAAGUUGGUACGUUUUUUAAUGAAACUCAUCCACGAGACGGUGACUAUCGAGUUAAAGAAUGGUACACUCGUCCAUGGAGGAAUAAUCGGUGUCGAUGUGGCUAUGAACAUGCACCUACGGUCUGUGAAGAUGACUCCAAAGAAUAAGGAUCCCAUUAACUUGGAUUCCCUUUCUAUUCGUGGAAACAAUAUUCGAUACAUUAUUCUUCCGGAUUCACUUCCACUUGAUACCAUGCUUAUUGAUGACGAGCCACGCAAGAAGGCUGCCAGGGUUCGUGCUGGUGCUCGCGGCAGAGGACGUGGUGGUCCGCGUGGUAGAGGCAGAGGUGGCCCACGUGGGCGCGGUGGGCCUCGUGGACGAGGUCGCUGA